UACUUUAUAAAUUGGUUGCAAUCUUUAGUUCACGUUUUAGUUUCAAUCGACAAUGAAGUCCGCUCCAGUAUUAAGUUUUAUAAUUGCAUUUAUUGCAGUGCAAGGCCCAGUUAAUUGCUUGGACCGAUGUAGUAUAGAGAAAAUUGAAUGCCCAGAUACGGAGGAAUAUAAAUGUGGUCCGGUUGGCGCGUGUGAAUUUGAAUGUAAAAAUCCGAUAGUUUGCCAAGCUUCGUUGAACCUAAAAACCUGCUCCUGUAGUUGCUUUUGCAAAGAAGGUUACAUAAGAAAUGCAAGUGGAAGAUGCUCACAGUGUUCGCAGAUAAUCCAGAGGAGUACUGCAGAAAUUUUUGAUCAUUAUUAGUAUUUGAUGGUAGUUCAUUUUAAAUUUUUAUGAAGGCUGAGUUAUUCGUACAUAUAAAAAUGUAAAAUAUUAAAAAUGUUAAUUUAUUUUCAUAAAUCAUUAAAAAAAUAAAAUAGAUACAUAUUUAA